AUGUCUCAUGCCAAAUACGUAUGGCAUGAAGACGAUGAGACUGAGGAGUCCUCAGUCGCCGGUGCAUCUGGACCGGCAAUGGACCCUGCAUCUGCAGCAAAUGAGCAGGUGACGGUCACGGCCUCGGACGACCGGCCUGCGAUUAUACGACUUGCGCAUGCAUGGCUGAAUGAGCGUGGUUCACCAGAGAUGCAGCCUUGGCCAGUUGAGAUUGUUGAAACAGUGAUGGAUCAAUUACAGCAACAGCAGUCAAUUUUGGACUCUCUUAUUUCUGAUAUCUCUACGUCCAGACGAGGAGCAAUUCCGCCUGAAUCUCGUGCAACUGGACGCAGAACGGUCCAAGUGGCUUCUUCGUAG